AUGGGACUUGGGGUUAGGGGUGCAAGGACAGUGUUCCUGUGUUUAUGGAGGUUAUUUGUACUGCUUUGUGGAUUCUCGACCACUCGCUCCCAAACGACAGGGGACGGGAAGUCGUUGUACUUCUGGGAGACAGGUCCAUGGGGCAGGUGUAUGGGCAGCGAGUGCGGUCCAGGAGGGAGUCAAAGCCGGGCUGUGUGGUGCGCUCACAUGGAGGGCUGGACCACCCUUCAUACCAACUGCCUUCAGUCCACACGACCAGCCAAUCAGCAGAGCUGCUUCCGUGUAUGUGACUGGCAUAAGGACCUUUACGACUGGCGACGGGGUCCGUGGAACCAGUGUGUUCCCAUAUCCUUGCGGACUGGUGCUGGGCACACAGGCGUAUGCUCGCAGGGCGAAGAGGGCAUCCAAACUCGGGAGGUAAACUGUGCGCUUAAAGCGGAUGAGUCGCCGGCUGACGAUGCCAUCUGUGAGUACUUUGAACCCAAACCCCGACAGGAACAGGCCUGUCUCAUCCCGUGCCCUCAGAACUGUGUGGUGACCGAGUUCACCCCUUGGACCACAUGCUCCAAAACAUGUGGGCUGGGCCUGCAAAACCGCAUUCGCUCCGUGGUAGCUCCACCACUUUUCGGCGGGCUUCCUUGCCCCAAUCUGACAGAGUUCCACACGUGUGCGCCGAGAGCUUGUGAAGGCAGAGAAACAGUGUUUAAUUUGAGGGUGGGCGGAUGGAGCGAGUGCAAACUGCCCUCUUCAUCUCCAACAUCACCACCAGAGUCCUCUGGCACCCCUGCGCGUCCCGUUCGCCAGGCCCGAUGGCGCAAAGGCAAAGAGAGGAAGGGAAACAGAGACCCGGAGAUGUACGAGCUCAUCAAGAACAAACGCAACCGCAACCGGUUGAACCGACCAGAGGGCGACCUCUGGAAUAUCGAAGUUGGCUACCAGUCUCGACAAGUGGUUUGUGUUCAUCGAAAUGGGAGUAUGGUAUCACUCAGCCAGUGCCCCCACUGGAGUCUUCCGGAAACCUACCAGUCCUGCCUGAUGCCCAAAGACUGUGUGACCACUGAAUGGGGCAAGUGGAGCCCCUGCUCCAAGACAUGCUCUGACCCCAGUGUCCCACAGGGCAUGCACUCCCGCAGCAGACAGGUGCUGCGUCUUCCUGCUGGAGGAGGUAUCCAGUGCCCCCAGCUGGAGGAGAGUCAGAUCUGUGAGCCUCAAGGGGAUGGGGUGCCACCCUGUUCCACUUAUGCUUGGCGGACCACGGAAUGGAGCGAGUGUCGAGUCGAUGCGUUGCUCAGUCAACAGGAUCGGCGCCGUGGCAACCAGACAGGGCUGUGUGGUGGAGGUGUACAGAACAGGAAAGUGUACUGCGUUCAAGCCAGUGCUGAACUACUCAACUACAUCAACAACAACAAAGACAAACAAGAGGACCAGUCUCUAAAUGGCCAGAUGCCUAGUGUCCCUCCUCUCCUCUCUGUCAGCUUUGAGAUCUCAGCAUCGCAACCUGUGGACAAUCGGCUUUGCACGGGAUCUUCUCCAAGUACGACGCAGCUGUGCCAGAUCCCGUGCCCUAUGGAGUGUGAACUGUCCCCGUGGGGCGCCUGGGGGCCCUGCACUUUUGAAAACUGCGAUGAACGUGUCGUGAAGAAAGGUUUCAAGUUCAGACGACGUAAAAUUACUAAUUACCCCACGGGUGGCGAGGGAAACUGUCCUCACCUGGUGGAGGCCGUCCCGUGCGAUGAUCCUAGCUGUUUUAACUGGCAGCUGCUCAAGCUAGAGGAGUGUAUUCCUGAUGACGACAUGGACUGCGGAGAGGGGACUCAAAAUCCGAAGGUCCGCUGCGUCAACAGUGAAGGUAAAGAAGUGGAGAGGGAGCUGUGUGCUGAUGUGGUGUACCCUGCACCUGUGCCCUGUGUGGUGCCCUGCCCUAAAGACUGUGCCCUCAGCCUCUGGACCGCAUGGUCCACCUGCUCCCAAACCUGCUCCAGCAAAACUGCCGAGGGCAAACAGAUGAGAACCCGAGCCAUACUGGCUUACAAUGCAGGAGAAGGAGGUUCCAGCUGCCCCAACACCAGCGCCCUGCAGGAGGUACGCAACUGUAAUGAGCAUCCCUGCAUCGUGUAUCACUGGCAGACGGGCCCCUGGGGACAGUGUGUGGAGGACACCACCACGUCCAACUUCAACACCUCCUCCAGUGCAGACAAAUCCACCUGUGCCAUGGGCAUGCAGACCCGCAAGGUCAUCUGUGUGAAAGUCAAUGUUGGACAAGUGCCACCUAAAAAAUGUCCUGAAGCUCCUCGUCCACAGUCAGUGCGACCCUGUCUGCUGCCAUGUAAGAAAGACUGUAUAGUGACAUCCUUUAGUGAAUGGACAGAGUGCCCCACAUCCUGUGAAGCAGGUGCAAAUGGGCAGAAGAGUAAACAGACUCGUUAUCGAGUGGUCAUCCAGAUGCCAGCUAAUGGAGGUCAGGAGUGCCCGGAUGUCCUUUAUGAAGAGAAAGACUGUAAGACGCCAUCUGUCUGCCCGGGUUACAGGUGGAAAACACACAAGUGGCGAAAAUGUCUGCUAGUGUCCUGGAGUAUCCGCAAAGAUAGUAAAGGAGCUCAGGAAAACUGUGGUGCUGGAGUCCAGACUAGAGCUAUCUCAUGUAGGCAGCUGGAUGGUACAGUGGUGGAUGUUGUGCAGUGUCUGAAGUUUACCAGCAGCAUGCCCGCUGUAAGCCAGCCCUGCCAGUUACCAUGCCGAGACGACUGCCAGCUCACCAAAUGGUCUAAGUUCUCUUCAUGCACCUCAGACUGUGUUGGGGUUCGUACACGGAGGAGAGCUCUCGUAGGAAAAAGCAAGAAGAAGGACAAGUGUAAAAACAGCCAGAUGUACCCGCUGAGCGAGACCCAGUACUGCCCCUGUGACAAAUACAACGCCCUGCCUGUGGGCAACUGGUCCGACUGCAUUCUGCCUGAGGGCCGUGUGGAGAGCGUUUUGGGCAUCAAGGUGCAGGGAGAUGUUAAGGAGUGCGGCCAGGGUUACCGGUACCAGGCCAUGGUCUGCUACGACCAAGAAAACAGGCUUGUGGAGGCUUCACGUUGUAACAGUCAUGGGUAUUUAGAGGAAGCCUGCAUUGUUCCCUGUCCAUCUGAUUGUAAACUCAGCGAAUGGUCGAACUGGUCACGCUGCAGCAAAUCCUGUGGAAGUGGGGUCAAAGUUCGCUCCAAGUGGCUUAGAGAAAAGCCAUAUAAUGGUGGAAGACCCUGCCCAAAACUGGACCACCUUAACCAGGUAAAUGUGUAUGAGGUGGUCCCGUGUGUGAGUGACUGCAGUCAGUAUAUUUGGGUCGCAGAACCCUGGAGCGUGUGGAAAGUGAGUAAUGUGGACCUGAAGGAGAACUGUGGCAAGGGUGUGCAGACCAGAAGAGUCAGGUGUAUGUUAAACUCAGUAGACGGCCCCACUGAUGCAGUGGAAGAUUAUCUGUGUGAUCCAGAAGAGAUGCCACUGGGCACGAGGGAGAGCCGACUGCCCUGCCCUGAGGAUUGUGCGCUGUCCGACUGGAGUACCUGGACUCCAUGUGACCUGCCGUGUUCUGGAAGAGGCGACCGGGAGAGGACGGCAUUUGCCCUGCGUCUGCCUAAAGAGGGAGAGGACUGUCCGGUUAGCAUGCAGACCGAGCCCUGCCUUCUGAACCGCAACUGUUUUCACUACAAUUACAACAUCACAGACUGGAGCACAUGCCAAUUAAGUGCCAAUGCUGUGUGUGGAAUUGGUGUCAAAACGAGGAUGUUGGACUGCGUAAGAAGUGACAGCAAGUCUGUUGACCUGAAGUUCUGCGAAGAGCUGGGCUUAGAGAAGAAGUGGCUGAUGAACGCUUCCUGUAUGGUGGAGUGUCCAAUCAACUGCCAGCUCUCUGAUUGGUCGGCUUGGUCUGAUUGCUCCCAGACCUGUGGCCUCGAAGGGAAGAUGUGGCGGAGACGGACGGUGGUACAGGCGACUCAGGGAGACGGGAGGCCAUGUCCGUUCCAGAUGGAGCAGUGGAAGCCGUGCCCUGUGCGACCCUGUUACAAAUGGCAGAACGGUCCCUGGUCAGAGUGCCGCGUGGAGGAGGUGGUGUGCGGGGUGGGCCUACGUUUCCGCAACCUGUCCUGCUUCGUAUCUGAUGGCUCCAGCAAUGGGCGGAGCAGCAUUGUAGAGGAGGAACUCUGCGCUGGACUGGAACUGGCUGUUGAUGGUGAUAAAAACAUUGUUCUGGAGGAGACCUGCACCUUACCCUGCCCUGGUGACUGUUAUCUGAUGGAGUGGUCUGAUUGGAGCUCAUGUCAGAGUGUGUGUGUGAAGGGCCAGCGUUUGGACUUCAGUCCUGUGCAGGUUCGCUCGCGUGCUGUCUUCGCCCAGGAACCAGAGAACAUCGCUCAGUGCCCCGAUCAGGAGUGGCAGUCCCGGCCCUGCACAAAUGGAGAGUGUUAUGAGUACAGGUGGAUGGGCGGUCCUCAGCUGAUCUGGUGUGAACGUUCUGAUGGAAUAAACGUAACAGACGGAUGCCCUCCAGCCCUGCCGCCAGGGUCAGACCCCUCGUGUGAUCCACCUUGUGACAAGCCACAGUCGUUCUGCUCGGAGGAUGGUUUAUGUAUGUGUGAGGAAGGCUACACUGAGGUACUGACGGUAGAGAGGCAGUUGGAACAGUGUACACCAAUCCCUGUGCUGGAGAUCCCCACAGCAGGAGACAAGAAAUCUGAUGUCAAGACCAGCCGGGCCAUCAACCCCACCCUGCCCACCACCAUACAGCCAGGCAGAGUGGGCCGCACCUGGUACUUGCAACCUUUUGGACCCGACGGUAAACUGAAGACGUGGGUGUACGGUGUGGCGGCUGGUGUAUUUGUGCUCCUGGUGUUUAUAGUGUCAAUGAUUUACCUUGCGUGCAAAAAGCCAAAGAAACCUCAGCGAAGACAAAACAAUAACAGAUUGAAACCCCUGACCCUGGCAUAUGAUGGAGAUGCGGACAUGUAGCCUUUCUCGGAGAAGUAACGCCAUGAAAACAUCAUCAACAUUCUGCAAAUGGAUGAAACGUGCCUGGGUUAAAUUUCACUCCAAAAUCAAAAGGGGGAAAAAACUAAAUUUUGCAUAAAGAAAAUAAAGCCUUAGACCUUUUUAGGACAUUACAUUUUUUUGAUUUUUGAUUUCAUGAUAUGAUUUUCAUCACAAUUAAUCACAUUUUCCAACUGCAACUGAAUUCUCAUUUAAUUAAUGCAUCUGUACAUUUUACUUUGGAGUUACUCUGAUAUUCCCAUUAUUUUCAGUGUUGAAACUCAUUAGACUGUUAUUACAGUUUAGGGUGUUUUUUUUUUAUUUAUUUUUUUAUUUUAAUUUUUUUACUUUUUUCUAUUUUCAAAAUUACUGUAAUAAAUGUUGUCUUGAUAACACUUCACAAUAAGGUUCUAUUUGCUCAAAUUAGUUAAUACAUUAGGUAUCAUGUACUAACAGACUAACAAUAUUUUUAACAGAAUUCAUUAAUUUUGAUUAUUGUUAAUUUAUAAAAAUACAAUUGUUCAUUGUAAGUUUAUGUUAGUUCAUAAUGCAUUAUGUGUACAUAUACAACUUUUAAUUUAAAAAAUGUAUUAGUAUAUGAUGAGUUUAACAUUAACUUUGCUUUUACUCCAUGUUCUUGUUCUGGAAGAGCCUUUACAAUUUCUACAUGCUGAGACCAUGCCUUUGUUUUACGUUCAGUUCCUUACACCUAUUUGUUGAUUAUGCAACUACAGUCAAACUAGUCGUCUGCUACAAUUGGUUAGACAUCUCUCUAGGACCACUUCGGCUCAACUUUCUUCCGGCUUGUGCUUCCCAGCGGAAAUGCUUCAUGUUUUGGGGACUUUUUGGAGGAAGUUAUGGAAUAAACAAUGUCACAACAUACAAAACAACAAAAACAAGAGAGCUCUUAACUCUUAAGAAAACUUUUGAACUUAUUAUAAAUAUCAUAUUAUGGAUAAAAUUUACUCAGAAGAUGCAGCCUUUCUAUGGAAGGUGAACGUAUCGAGAAAAAUCAUGUUUUCUUGGAAGCCCCACUCUGAUUGCAGGUGUUAUUUUGUACUAUAUUAGUGCAGUACGGUAAGCGCUUGCCAUUGAACAAUGCCUUUAUAGCAGCGGUUCUCCAAGGCAAAACAAUAUAUAACUGGAGCGCACCAAUCAGGCAAGAUAAUUGAGAAAGUGUACAAAUAUAUCUCAGAGUGGGAGAUCUGACGUACUUUUGUUUUCACUCAUUUGUGCAUUGUAUAGUUUCUAUUAUGUCUUUUCAGACUUUGAAUAUGUAUUUUUUGUUAUAGAUUUCCAUUCGGACAUUAUAUAUAUAUAUAUAUACAC